CGGGAGACGGCGCGAGGGGAGGGGGCGCCGCGCCGGCCGUGAGGGCGCACUUUGUCCAAAAAGAAGAAGUAACCACUAAGAGCAGCAACUUACAGAUUGUCUCUUCCAGUCUGGUUAGGCAGGAACAAUGGAGACUGCUGAUGGAGAAAACUUGGGUGUAGCCACCUCCACCCCUUCUCACGAGGAGUUUGAUAUAGUUGUUGGCUAUCUGGAAGAUAUCAUCAUGGAUGAUGAUUUCCAGUUAAUACAGAGGUCUUUUCUGGAGAAGCACUACCAGGAGUUUGAUGACUCAGAAGAAAAUAAGCUCAUCUAUACUGACAUUUUUAAUGAAUAUAUCUCUUUAGUAGAGAAAUACAUUGAAGAGAAGCUGCUCGAUCGCAUUCGGGGGUUUGAUAUGGUUGCUUUCACGGUGUCGUUGCAACAACGCAAAGAUGAAAUGCCAGGUGAUAUAUUUGAUCUGCUUCUCACAUUUACGGACUUCCUGGCUUUCAAAGAGAUGUUCUUGGAAUACAGAGCUGAAAAAGAAGGUCGAAGUCUGGACUUAAGCAGUGCGUUAGUGGUGACUUCAUUAAACCAUUAAACAAGUCA